ACAAUAAUGUUUGCAUGAUGGUUCUUUUGUUGGUAACAAUCGGUUGGAUAGGAAGCCCUUGAAUGAUGAGAGACUAGUCAGUGGUCAUAUUACAUUGAGGAGAAGGCCUCCAGAGGGGAGAGAGAGCCUGCAGCAAAUGGGGCAUAGAAUUCCAAGGACAACGAGCCCAAGUAGAUGUGUUGGAGAUGAUGGUUCUGACUUUGCUAGUAUGAGGGAUGGUGAGAAGUUUUUGAGAGGUUACCCUGAGGAUACUUUGGACCCUAUGUUUUCACGUCCCCUACCAUUUGAGAGAGGAGAUGGCCGAUUUACACGGGGAACUAGGAACUUCAUUCAGAGAAGGGGUCCUCCUCGAAUUCAUUCCAAGUCUCCUAUCAGGUCUAGGAGUCGUUCACCUGGUCCAUGGUCAUCUCCCCAAAGAUCUCCUAGAGAAUCACCAAAUGGGUUUAGUAGACAUCCUGAAUUGGCCCAUCGACGAUACAGGGUUGACAGAAUGAGAUCCCUUGAUGGUCCAAUUUUCUCUAGGGAGAGAAGAGUGGUCAAGAGGCAUGCCUUUCCUUCAUAUAUGUCUCAUCCUUCUAAUGGUACAAGGGAUUUUGAUUCUGGAAGAGGUCGUGGUUAUCCCAGGUCUAUCAUAACUAACAGGGGUACAUCUGGUCGAAUUUUGUUUAGAAACAGAAGAUUUGAUGCUGUAGAGCCCCAAGAUUGGGCAGAUAAUGAUGAGUACUUUGGAGGUCCUAUGCAUUCUGGUCAACAAUUUGAACUAAAUAGUGAAGGAAAUGGUGAUGAAAGAAGGUAUGUUGACAGACGGGAACCAGUUAGAUCAUUUAGGCCUCCUUAUAAUGAUAGUGGCCGUGAGAAUUUUGAUAUUGAUGCAGAGGAUGGGCCUAGACACUACAGAUUUUGUGCAGCUGAUUCAGAAUUCCAAGAAAGAAGCAAUUUGAGAGAAAGGGAUUUUGACAGGCAUAUCAAGAACAGGCUAGCAAAUAUGCCCCCUAGAAGAACAAGAAAUAUAGAUGAGCAGGAAGGUAAUUACAGGAAUAGGGGGCAGGAUGUUUGGAGAGAUGAUUGCUUUGAUGAUAUUUCAAGAGUGAAGAGAAAAAGAUUUUAAUUGUGUAGCUAGAAAGUCUUCUGCUUAAUGAUGCAGGAUAGUUGGAAAAUCUGUACUACAAUUUUUUGUCUAGAAAAGUAUAUUAGAAUAACUUCGAUUUAUAAAUAUUAUGUUGUGUUUGAAGA